AUGAUGAGCGACAUGAUGUCGGCGAUGGCGCGGGGCUUUGGCGCGUCUAUGGGCGAGAGCAUUCUCGCGGGCGUGGCCGAAUCGCGAGACGGACUCCGCAAGGCGGCUCGCGACGCGAAGCCGCCGGACAAGAGGCCUCACCCGUUUGACGCGGAUGCCUGCCACCGGUUUGACGAGCUCGCCGCGCACGCCGAGACGGCAGGCUUAAGCGGCCUCGUUGACGAGCUCACGGACCUGAUCGCGUGCGGCAAGCUCACGGAGGCCGCGGCGCACGCGCAACUCUGGCCGCCGGUCGCCGUUGCCACUUCUGCGGAGAAGCAGUACACGUGGCCUCACCCCUGGCGAACGCGAGCGCCGUCGCUCAACGACGCGAUGGCCAGGUACGACGAGAAUGGCAAGUACUCGCUCGCAAACCAGCUCGCGGUGCUCGUGAACCCGCGCUGGGAGGCGCUCAAGGACCUGGGCAACGCAGCGCUCAAGGCUGGGGAGCCGAGGGUGGCGGUGGUGUGGUACGAGAGGGCGGCGAGCCUCACGGAUGCGAACAUCACGGCGAUGGCGUUCUUCAAGGCGCUCGGCGGCGCCGCGGAGCACACUGCCGCGGCGCGCCUUGCCAGCGCAGAGGGCGACCUCCGCGAUGUCAUCCUCCGAUUUCUCCCCGACGGCCCGCGCGUCAGCGUGCCCUUCGACGCGGACGGUCAGGCCAAGGCCGCUGCAAGGGGCGUGCCGCCCGAGGGCACCGAGCCCAACCUCCCGCGCGCUACCUGCCUUGCGAACGCCGCCGCAGCCCUGCUCAAAGCUGGCGAGCCGGAGGCCGCCCUCGAGGAGGCGAUCGACGCCGCGGUCUUCUGCCCGUCGUACCUGAAGGCGUACCACCGCCAGGCCGCUGCCCUCAAGGCGCUCGGAAGGCAGGGCGUGGCCGCCGGGCUCGAGAUGAUGCUGAAGCAAGAGCGCCUUGGGUGGGUCGACGCCCUCGCAUACGAGCAGAUCCUGGGCCCGGCGUACUGCGCGCACGAGUGCGCCAAGAUCGCGGCGCUCAAGCCCUCGUCGCCCGUGACUGUGUUCGCCUCGCUCGUCCCCUGCCGGGGCGGCCAGUGGCUCACCGUCAGCCUCGGCUACCGAAGCUGGGGCGCGAGCAUCAUGGAGGGCGGUUCGCCAGAGCGGCGGCACGAGUGCCUGCACAUGGUGCAGCUCGACGAGGAGAAUGGCGAGAUCGUGGAGUCGCCGCCGCACGGCCGCGCGUCGAGGGCGUCGGCCGAGAGGUUCCCCGCAGAGCUCGUCCAGUUCUUGCGCAAGCUCCGCCGCGAGUCGUCCAUCGAGCCGUCGCGCCUCUGCCUGGGCCAGGGGCUUGGCGGCUUCGAGCAGAGCAUCCGGGUCGCGCUGUGCGAGGCGGGAUUUGGAGCGGCGGAGGGGAGCGGAACGGGCAAGAAGGGCAAGAAGAAGAAGAAGAAGAAGGGCAAGGGCGGAGGGGACAGCGCGGCGGGGCCGGCGCAAGAGGCGCCGGCGGAGGAGGCAGCCGCAUCAGCUGAGCCCGUGCCAGCGAAUCUGGACCCGGAGAGGUUGCUCCGGCUUCUCGCGGAGCAUCAUGAGGCGAGGAUACGGGAUGGCAUCACGGCGGAGAUUGCGGCGAGGGCGGCAGCAGAGGCGGCAGCAGAGGCGGCAGCAGAGGCGGCGGCGAAAGCAGCGGCAGAAGCCGCAGAGGAGGAGGAAGUCGCGGCGGCGGAGGCGGCCGUGGCGGAGGCGGAGGCGGAGGAGGAGGCCGCACUUGCAGCGGCGGAGGCGGCCAUCGCCGCCACUAAGGAGAGGCGCGCAGCCGCCGCCAAGGCGAGGGCUAAGGAGAGCUUCUUCAGCGGCAUCUUUGGACGCAAGCCCGAACCGGCACUUCCGUCGGCAGCGCUCAUGCCGCCUAAGUCAGCGCCUGCACCAGCGCCCGAGCCCGCGCAAGGGGCCAUGACCGAGCCGUCGGCGAAAGAGCGGCGCAAUGAGGUCUCAGAGUCGAUCGAGAGCGAGCCGCAAAACGACCCGGUCGCUCCCGCCUUGCGGCUCCCGCUUCGCCCCGAUUGGCUCCCCGAAGGCAACAUCGACAUCGCCAUCGUGGGUGAGUCAGGGACGGGCAAGUCGAGCCUCAUCAACGCCCUGCUCGCAGUGCAGGAUGGCGACGACGGAGCGGCUAAGAUCAGCCACUCAUCUCAGGGCACCUUGAAGCCAACGCCCUACUCGUACGACGCGCUCUUCUGCCAGCUGCCGGGCUACUCAAAGUACAAGUCCGACGACGCCUCCUUCGCAAUCAAGCUGUGGGACGUCCCUGGCGCGGGCACCAAAGACUUCCCAACCGACACGUAUGUGGCAAACAUGGGACUCCUCUUCUUUCACGUCAUUGUCAUCAACUCAUCGGAUCGCUUCAAGGAGGGCGAGCUGGCCGUCGCCAAGGCUGCGAGGGAGCGGGGAAAGAAGGUCAUCUUCACGAGGAACAAGGUCGACGAUAAGCUUGAAAGCAUGUUCAAAGAGGAUGAUGUCUUCCGCUCCAAGAAGAUGCGUACAAAGAUGCGCAACUGGGUCAUACCUGAUGUCCGCGUCAAGGCCGCCAAGGAGCUCUGCACCAUGCGUGUCAAGGCAGAGGCUGAGAUGGAGAAGCAAGGGGCGUGGACGGCCGGGGAGAUGGAGACGGAGCGCCUGUUCCUCAUCUCCGGACAAUUCGGGCCUUGCCUCGAGCUCUUGUCACGCGACCAAAAGUACGCUUCUGUCCGGGCCUUCUUUCGCCGACUCCGCAUCUUGCCCCGCGCCAGCGAUUGGCGCGGCUUCAUCCACAUGCUCGUGAAGCUCAUAUGCCACGAGGCCGGCUACCCGCCCUUCAUGGCCGUGCCGCUGGCGAGCUACCUGCUACUGCUGCAGGAGAAGGCGAAGAUGAGGCAGUCGAUCGGCUCUGUGGGCGUCAAGGAGUGGCUCACGACCUUACCCAACGAGGUCGACGCUGAGGGCCUCAAGGACGUCAUCGAGUACAUGCGAGUCGCUGCAAUGGACACCAUGGGUCUGCUCACGCCAUGCGGUGAGAUCGUCGACUCGGUAGCGGCUUCCACCUUCGGACUGCCGCGCGACACACCCCUCCAGUCCGCCGCGCCGGCGGCGGAGGCGGGGGCGGGGGCGGGGGCGGAGGCGGAGGCGGAGGCGGAGGCUAAGCACCCGAAGCGCGAGAUGACAGAGUCGAAGCGCGUGAUCGAGCAGCAGGAGGACGAGGAGGCGCGUGCCCGAUGGCUUGUCAACGCGCCGGCGAUGCCUGUCAACGCGCCGGCGAAGGCGCUCGAGGAGGACGUGCCGCCCGAGGUCGUCGAGGCGGCGGCCAAGGUCGUCGAGGCGGCGGCCAAGGCUGACGCCGACGCGGUCAGCAAGGGCACCGAGCCGGUGGAGGCGGCCAAGACUGCCGAGGCCGCGUCCGCUGCGCCGGCGAAGGCGCUCGAGGAGGACGUGCCGCCCGAGGUCGUCGAGGCGGCGGCCAAGGCUGACGCCGACGCGGUCAGCAAGGGCACCGAGCCGGUGGAGGCGGACAACGCGUCGGCAACUGAGCCCGCGCCUUCGGAGAUCGACGAUAAGAACGAGGACAAGAUCGUCGCUACCAAGAUCUUAGAUGUCGCUAAGGGAGUGGUGUCGAAGGAGGAGGUGAUUGCGGCGGCGGCUGAGGAAGUGGCUGCGGCCGAGUCGGCGCGCGUGGAGGCCGCGGCUGAGGCCGAGGCGGAGCGCGUGGCGGCAGACUCUGAGGCUGCGGUGGAGCACGACGCGGACGUGCCGCCCUCCGCCCUCAACGCGUCCUCGGCCGUGGCUCGCAGUGCCGCGUCCUCGGCCCCCGCGCUCGACCCGCCGCCCAGGUCCAAGCGGAAGAAGAGCAGGGCCAAGGAGGGCCAAAGAUGA